CCGAAUGUUCUCCCGGCUUCUGUGGCCACCCAACUGCGACUCGCCCCAGGCGGGUAGGCACCCACGCCAAUGACGGAAUGCGGUGCAGUGCAGCCCUGCCUUUCUCAGCUAAGCAAAUCGGAGCUUGCAAACGCCACCACGACCACCCACGCCUUCGUCACUUCAUCCUUCGAUCACAAUCUGCUUUUGACGGCGUGCACUAUUCAAUCACUGACGGCAGCAUCACGGGAUAGCUUGCAUCAAUAAAUACACGAGAUACCCGUUUAAUCCAUCCGUCUACAAUACUCCUGCUGCGGGCUGCCCCUCCACACCCGAUUCAUCAUCACCAACACCGCCCGUCAUGUUGCUGCGCUUGCGCGGGCCAGACGGCAUGAUCCGUCUGACCGUAGAGUCUAGCACAACCUUUGGUCAGAUGGGUGAAAUGCUUCUAGAGCAUCUUCCCAAGACAGUCGAUCCCAAAACAAUAGCCAUGUCCAAUGCUCCCCAUGGUGGUGAUUCUAAGCGACUGGGAGACAUUAUCAACUUCAAGAUUGGCCAAAUUGGACUUAAGCACGGCGACCUCAUCUUUAUUAGCUACAAACACAAAUCCGAUUCCGGAGAUGGAGACAACGCCCCUACGACAACAUCUGCAAGACUAAAUGGAAAGCCAGUCCUCCCUGCCGAAGACCUCCCGAUCGACCCCCGCCCCGAGAGGAUAUCCAAGCCAUGGGAAGUUGUUAAGCAGUCUGCGUUGGACGACCGACUAGACAAGCUCGACGGCAAGAUCCCCAGACCCAAGGAUAGAAUGUGCCGACAUGGUCCCAAGGGCAUGUGCGACAACUGUCAGCCCAUGGACCCCUUUGACCCAGCCUAUCUCGCCGAGAAGAAGAUCAAGUACCAGUCAUUCCACUCCCAUCUCCGCAAAAUCAACGCCGCCACAAACCGACCCGAGCUAGGCAGCUCCUAUAUCCCUCCCUUAAAUGAAGCAUACUACAGAGUCAAGCGAGACUGUCCGUCUGGCCAUCCGCAGUGGCCAGAGGGUAUUUGCACAAAGUGUCAGCCAAGUGCCAUCACUUUGAACCCACAGCCAUUUCGUAUGGUGGACCAUGUCGAAUUCUCCUCGCCCGAUGUCAUUGACGGCUUUAUUAACACAUGGCGAAAGACGGGAUCUCAACGUCUAGGCUAUCUGUACGGCGCAUAUGCAGAGUACACUGAGGUUCCCCUCGGUGUCAAAGCCGUCGUAGAGGCUAUUUAUGAGCCUCCUCAGGUAGAUGAGAUUGACGGAAUUACUCUGAAUGCGUGGGAGAACCAAAAGGAUGUUGAUGCCGUGGCCAAGCUCUGUGGGCUAGAGCCCGUGGGCGUGAUCUGGACAGAUUUGCUCGACUCUGGCAAUGGAGACGGCUCCGUUGUGUGUAGGCGCCAUGCCGACUCAUACUUUCUUUCGUCGCUUGAGACUUGCUUUGCUGCCAGGCUUCAAGCGCAAUAUCCCAAGCCAACAAAAUGGAGCGACACUGGCCGAUUUGGCUCCAACUUUGUCACCUGCAUCAUUUCUGGAAACGAACAGGGCGAGAUUGCCAUCUCAGCAUACCAGGCCUCAAAUGACGCUGUCGAGAUGGUCCGCGCUGACAUUGUUGAGCCUUCAGCAGACCCCACACAGAUGCUUGUUCGUGAAGAAGAGGAAGAUGACGGUUCCACAAGCCGCACAAGAUAUAUCCCUGAAGUCUUCUACCGCCGAAAGAACGAGUACGGCGCCAAUGUGCAGGAAAAUGCCAAGCCGGCUUUCCCUAUUGAAUACCUUUUCGUCACCCUAACUCACGGCUUCCCGGCCGAUCCCAAGCCUGUCUUUACACAAACAGGAUUCCCUAUUGAGAACCGCGAAUACAUUGGUGAAAGCCAGGAGCCCUCUGCGCUUGCCAAGUCCCUCAAGUUGGCCCGGGGGCUCAAGCCCAGCAAAAACGGCGAGGAAGUCUCGAAUUUCCAUCUCCUAUGCUUUAUCCACCAAAUGAGCAUCUUGUCCAAAGACGAGGAGGCGCUGCUCUGCCGCGUUGCCAGCACACACGAUCUAUCCGACUCGUUCCAGCUGCGUUCCUCGGAGGGAUGGCAAAAUCUUCAAGCCAUUCUCCAAUCGACUGGCUAAACGAGCGCCAUGCGCCGCAUCGAUAAUACGUCACAUAUCGUCUUUCGUUUUACAUGGCCAUGUGUAGUUGGUCUUUUACUGCUAGUGAAAACAAUCUUAGGAGUUUGACGGCAUUUACGUCACAGGAAUAGCAGUCUAGGGGCAGAGUAGCUGCGGGUGAAGCAUCCGAAUAUUGAAUAAAUAAACAAAGAAAUUAUAAAAGAAACUAGCAAAUUCGCAUCCGUGGGGCAUUCCUUGAUCUCCCAUUUGCUUUUAGUGCGCCGCAAGGCUCCUGCAUCGAUCUGCAGCCUAUCGCAUUCCAUCUAACAUCCAUUGUUUUUCUUUUUUUAUAUUUUGAGAUUUAUUCCCGUAAGCCCAGGCUUAUCCAAAGCCAGAGACUUGGUGAUUAUACAGCAUUGCCUUUAUAGGGGCUUGCCGCCAAUGAAGUUGGACCAAGCCCUGACCUCAGCGGGGAUGCCUUCCUUUCGUGGGAGCUUCUCGUUCAUGCACUGGGCGAACAGGAUAGCAGUCUAUAGCGGUAGUUAGUAUACGAAACGUCAAAGGCAUAUUAGUGGAAUUCUUACCUGGGGCUCCAUGAACAGAGGCACGCCAAAGUCGACGGCGUUUCGACGCAUGACGUAGUCAACAUCAGCAGUAGUCUUGCCACGCUGAAGGGCAAGGUUGAAAACACCGCGGAUGUCGUACUUUUGGAAGACUUCACGGAGAGCACGCUUAUCAUCAGUAGGGAACUCAAUGACCUCGACGUUGACGUUGCCCUUGCAGCUAGACUCGAUGUGCUGCUUGACGUCGUUGCCAGCUGCGUACAGCUUGUAACCGAGAGGGGAGAGGUAGUCGACAACCUGGGUGAGCCAAGACUCGUUGACCUCACCACCAAAGAGGAGACCCUCGCCGGGCUCAGGCAUGCGGAAGUUCAUGGUCGACUGAAGCGAGGUCCAGUAGGCUUCGACGAGAUCCUUACCGAAGCAGGCGAUUUCACCAGUAGAGGCCAUCUCGACACCGAGGAAGGGGUCGGCACCGGCAAGACGAGUCCAGGAGAAUUGGGGAACCUUAGUAGCAACGUAGUCACGCUCAACCUUCAUGAGAUCGGUAGGGUCGGGAACCUGUUUGCCGACAAGCGCCUUGGUGGCAACGUCGAUGAAGUUGGUGCCGAGGACCUUGCUGACAAAGGGGAACGAUCGAGAAGCUCGCAAGUUGCACUCAAUGACCUUGAGCAGAGGCUCGCCGCCCUCGGGGUUCUCCGCCUUGAUAAUCUGCAUGUUGAAGGGGCCGGUGAUGUUCCAGGCCUUGGCGACACGCUUGGCAAUGUCCUUGCAGCGCUCCUUGACGGACUCCUCGAGGUUGACGGGGGGCAGAACAAGCGUGGCAUCACCAGAGUGAACACCAGCCUGCUCGACGUGCUCAGACACAGCGUGGACAAUCAGCUCACCCUUGGAGGCGACACCGUCGACAUCAAUCUCCUGAGCACCCUCAAUGAACUUGGUGAUGACAACAGGGUGGUCAGGCGAAACAUUGGCAGCAGCCUCAAGCUUGUCCUUGAGAUCCUCCUGGCUACGGAUGACAGUCAUAGCAGCACCAGACAAGACAUAGCUGGGUCGCACCAACACGGGGUAUCCAACCUCCUCAGCAAACUCCUCAGCCGCCUUGACCGAAGUCAGCUCCUUCCAUGCAGGCUGGUCAAUGCCAAUGCUGUCCAGAAUCUCCGAGAACUUCUGUCGGUCCUCAGCCUUGUCAAUAUCCAGCGGGUCGGUACCCAGCACCUUGGCCCCACCCGUCUCCUGCAGGCGCAGCGCAAUGUUCUGUGGCAGCUGGCCGCCCACUGACACCACCACGCCCGAUGCGCUCUCCAGCUCGUAAAUAUCCAUCACACGCUCGUAGCUCAACUCCUCGAAAUAUAGCUUAUCCGCCGAGUCGUAAUCAGUCGACAUCGUCUCCGGAUUAUAAUUGAUCAUGACAGUCUUCUCUCCCAUCUGGCGGAGGGCCUGGACGGCAGAGACGGCGCACCAGUCGAACUCGACGGAGGAGCCGAUACGGUAGACACCGCUGCCGAGGACAAUGGUGCCCUUGUCCUCGAAGGUGACAUCGUGGGAGGAGCCGUUGUAGGUGGUGUAGAGGUAGUUGGUGUCGGCGGGGAACUCGGCAGCGAGGGUGUCGAUACGCUUGACCCAGGGGCGGAUGUUGAAGCUGAGACGGACGGCGCGGACCUCGUCCUCGGUGGCCUUGACGGCGUUGGCGAUCUGGCGAUCAGAGAAACCAAGCUUCUUGGCCUUGAGGAUCUGGUCCUUCUUAAGGGCCUGGAGGCCGCCGGCGUUCUGGAGCUCGGUGGUGCAGUCGACAAUGUUCUGGAGCUUGUAGAGGAACCACUUGUCGAUCUUGGUGAGGUCGUGGACCUUGUCGACAGAGUAGUUUUCGUGAAGCAUGGCCUGGCCGACGGCGAGCCAUCGGCGGUCGGUGGGGUUCUGGAGCUCGUAGUCGAGGUCGUCAAACUUGUCGCCCUGGAAGCCGACGAAUCGGGGGUCCACCUGACGGAUGGCCUUUUGGAAGGACUCUUCAAAGGUACGGCCGAUGGCCAUGACCUCACCGACAGACUUCAUGGCACUGCCAAUGUCGCGCUUAACGUGCUGGAACUUGGCGAGAUCCCAUCGGGGCAUCUUGGUGACGAUGUAGUCGAGCGAGGGCUCAAAGUUGGCGGUGGUGGUCUUGGUCACGGCGUUGGGCAGCUCAGGCAAGCUGUGGCCGAGACCAAUUUUGGCGGCUGUGUAGGUUUUGGGGUAGCCGGUGGCCUUGGAGGCCAGGGCCGAGGAUCGGGAGAGACGGGCGUUGACCUCAAUGACACGGUAGUCGAGGCCGUCGGGCUGGAGCGCGUACUGAACGUUGCACUCGCCGACAACGCCAAGAUGUCGAACGAUCUUGAUGGCGGCGGAUCGGAGCAUGUGGUACUCCUCAUCGCUCAGGGUCUGACUGGGGGCAACGACAAUGGAGUCACCGGUAUGGAUGCCGAGAGGGUCAAAGUUCUCCAUGUUGCAGACUGUGAUACAGUUGUUGUUUGCGUCACGGACGACUUCGUACUCGAGCUCCUUCCAGCCCUUGAGGGACUUUUCGACGAGAAUUUGGGGCGAGAGCGUAAGCGAUCGCGCCGCCAUGUUUCUGAGCUCUUCUUCGUUGUUGGCGAAGCCGGAGCCGAGACCACCCAGAGCGUAGGCGGCACGGACAAUAAUUGGGUAGCCGACCUUUUCGGCGGCAUCGAGGGCCUCGUCAAUGGUCCCGACGGCAAUAGACUUGGCAAUGGGAAUGUUAAUCUCUUCAAGAGCCUUGGCGAACAGGUCACGAUCCUCGGAGAGCUCGAGGGUUCGGACACUGGUGCCGAGAACCUUGACACCGUACUUUUCCCAGAGGCCUAAUCGCUCCAUCUGCACACCCAAGUUGAGGGCAGUCUGUCCACCAAAAGAGAGGAAGACGCCAUCGGGCUUUUCUCGCUCAAUGACGUAGGAAACAUAUUCGGGGGUGACGGGAAGGUAGUAGACCUCGUCAGCAAGAGAGUGGUUGGUCUGGAUAGUGGCAAUGUUGGGGUUGAUGAGAACAGAGGCAACACCGGCCUCCUUCAGAGCCUUAAGAGCCUGGGCACCUGCGCGCGCUGUUAGUGACUGAUUGACAACGCAAAGCUAAAUAAAAAAAGUCAAUUGACUUACCAGAGUAAUCGAAUUCACCAGCCUGGCCAAUGGCAAGACCACCACUACCAAUGACGAGCACCUUUUUCACAUCUACGUGCUCCUUGGGCUUAAUGACACCGCUGUCAAGGUAGGCCUUGGGAUUGGGCGCUUCCUGGACGGCGGCGCUGUAAGAUCGGAGGAUUGUGACGGUGCCGAGUCGUUUCGACUGGUUGAGUCUAAGAGAUGGUCUGACGGAGGCAUUGAUGGCCGCGGAGGAGAAGGAUCUGGAGGAGAGGGACUGAGGAAUGCGGCGGCCAUGACGGAGCAGAGCCGGUGCUCUGCCCGCAAUGGUGGAGGAGAUGGCGAAAGGCAUGCCUACGACGGAGUUCGAGGGCUUUCUGUUUGUUCAACCGAUGAAAUAUCGGGAAUUGAGGCCUGUGAGGGCGCGGGGAGAAGAGAAAUCUCGUUGGGGCAGCACAAGGAGGUGAGUGUGUGCCAGCGAAAACAACCAAUGCCCAAUUCCAGUUGUUCUUUAAUUGAUAAAAGAACAAUGGGCAGAGAGGAAGCGAGGUGAGGAUGAAUUGACAGAGGGGAAAAGAAAAAAAUUGUGGCGCGAAACGGAUUAAAGCAAAAAUGGCGGAGAGCUUCAACCUGACCGGCUUUGGCUAGGAAGAGGAGGUGAGUGCGGCAGACUGGAGGAAAUCGGAGCAGAGUGACUCUUUGCCCAACGCGGGAAAAAGUUAAAGUGGGGCGCUGGAGAUGGAUCUGGAGAGGCAUUUGCAGUGGCAGCUGUCAGGACCCAGGGUCCGAGGCCGGUCGACGGAGGCUCACACAGUCACAGCGGCUUUUUGGGUGUGUUUGGCGGGCGCUCAGCGACCAUUCGAGGGGCCAUAUCCACUGUAACCCCCGACAUGCACCCAGACUUGGUAGGGCCGUGUGGGGACUCUGACCCAAGCUCGCCUGCAGGCUGCGCGCCAUUGGCUCCAGCGAUAGCAAACUGGGGAUUCUCGUCUGCCGGAUGGGGCCCGGGGGCUCGCUCGCUGCAUUCUGGUGCCGCUGUGCAGUGGUAGAUGCGGUGCUACAGGGGGGCUUGACUACUGUACUGACAAGGGUUGCGCCCGCGCCCCAUUCCCAGCAAUGCUUAGCGCAUCUCCUUAUCAAUGAGCGCCCACCGCGUCCGCUGUAAUAUUUUAAGUUGCCGGUGGUGGUCGACAAAAAAAAAGUUGGUCAAGGAAUUAUGGAGUGGGUGGGAUGGGGGCGUUUUCUCAUUACGUUUAGCCUGUGGCUUCCAGAAUAUCUCCCAACUAAGAAUGCAACAUGCAUGCUGCUGCGUAAUAAAAGAGCUUGCGUUGGCGGUCAGAUUUUGGCUUCUUGCUUUUGUCUGUUUCGUAGGCCAUGUAAGGAUGUGACAACCCUGCCAUUGGACCUCGUACUGUAGUUAGUAGGCCGGUUAAAUCAGAAAAAAUACACGACGUCUGUGGAAGAUUAUGCCGCAACAGCCGAUUCAUGAUGACCCUCAGUUGGGGGCCUUGAGGUCCCCAAUUGCGGGCUUUUUUCUCUAGCACAAUGGCUCGGCUUACUCGCGUGGGAAUAAUCAUCCGCUUCUUGGUCGAGACUGAGUCGGUUUAACAUUGGACGUUUACUAUUUUGUUCUGUGGCUGGCGAGAGUGUUGCGGAAGCACCGUACCGGCACACACCCUGUCGGCGACUACCCGAGAGGGCUAUAAGCAGCGUCAUUGCAGAUCUUUUAAUUUGGCUACAGAUAAAUUUUCUACAUAAGUUGGUUGGUUUGAGUAUUGUAGACUAUACAUGAAAUUCUUCCGUAUCCGUUUGAGUGUCGUAUUGGUUCCCAGUAUAUCUUUCUGAUGUUGUUAAGAUUGUAUUUCGUUUGUCCAACAUCUUGAGGCGAAAGAUUAUUUUCUAGACUUUACCAUGGCACAAAGAAUCGACCAAUUCAACUCGGGAGCAUUCAUUUUUCUAGUAGAAAAUCACACCAGAGAGGCAUAUACGCGGCC